AUGCCCGCAUACUCGGGCGCGCUUCAGCCCAAAAAGAAAUCAGAGCUGCAAGAAAUUGCCAAUGCCCUCAGAUUAAGUGACCAAGGAACUAAAGAAGAAAUUCAAAUAAGAAUUAAAAGACAUCUCGAUAACCACCAGGCAACACUUGAAGAUGAACCUAUGUUCACUGGUUUGUUCGGCAGGAGGAAACGAAGCGUCCAGCCUCAGCCAGCGCCUACCAGCGGGCGUUUUGCUCCCCCUAUCGUGGAAGCCCCGGUCGUGGACACAGAGAAACCAAGGACAGUUGUAGGUCGCCGCAUAGCCGCUUUGGAUCCAAUCCGCGAAUCCACGCCCAUUAAAGACCUUCGCGACGUCUCUACCUUCCUCAAGCACCCAAUUUCUCCGGCGGACACUUCGCCGAAUCAGUCACCCCUUAAAGAGUCAGACUUGACGCCCUUUGAGAGCCCGAUACCACCGCCAGCGACGACGAACCUUAUCGAGGAUUCCCCUCGCCCACAGGAUAAAAACAUUUCGGUUCAGCAAAUCAAACAAAAUGAAAUCCUACGGAAUGGCGCUGAUAUGUUUAUCGCAACCCGCGAGACUGCGACUUUCUGGAAAGUCAUUCUACACUGGGCUUUGCCCACGCUCAUCAUCCCAGCCUUUGUCGGCAAUCUCAUAUCUUUCAACCCGGUUAAUCAAGCCUCGCGGUCUCAACCUGAAGGCUCACCGCCAAACCCAAUUGCACCAUUUGACCCGCUGACAGCUGCCAUCAUUCGCCUUGCUGCUCAAAUCGCGUACCCAUUUGAUUCCUCAACAGAGACCGUUGGUUUAGGUUUUGACGUUCUGGGAUUCAGAUGGCGCGUGCUCAACGCAUCUGUUGGAUUAGCCUUUGCUUUUGCUGAGGCAAUUGCAGGGGCACCUGAAAUGUUUUCCAAGACGUUCCUCCGACAACAGCGCCUGACAAUCAAGCCAAGAGAGACAGAGACAGAGGACGAUGUGCAAUCUACGCCGGAUAGGAUGGCGUUGAUGUCCGCAGAGGUAGAUUGAGACGGGAAGUCCCUUAUAUAUUUAACUUUAUUGCUCUCCUCUUGUUUUUGUUGUCGUUCUUGAUUUUUUCUACCUAUUGGCUUGGAUGAUUUUACGAUAGUUCACGACAGUCAUGUCCUCCGCUCUCUAUGUCUACAGAAUUUGUACUUAGUACUGUAUUUUACAGCUACAUAGCUGCUGUAAACAUAUCUCAUGCAAAU